AUGGCGGGGGGCAAUAAUCAUAAAGAGGGUAAACCACCCCCUGAUAAAAAUAAUAUUAAAGUAGUCGAUCUCACAUACAAUGAUAUGAUGAUAAAUGAAGAUGAGUCCAUAGAAAAUAAUAUUAAUUCUCAAACUCAACAUGAUAAACAGAUUUCAGAUAGAUUAAAUAGAAUUGAUUUGAAAAAUAGAUAUAAAACAAAUAGUAACGGUCCAUUUUCAGUUUUUGUGGAGCAUAAAUAUUUAAAUUUUGGUAGAUUGCAUCCUCUCAAAAUUGGUGAAAAAUUAUUCAAUCUGAAUGGCGAUGAAAAUGAUAUUGAUUUCUUGCACACAGUUGGUCGAAAUAGGGUCCAGGUUAUGUGUAAAUCCGCUAUAGGUGCCAACAAAAUAGUUGAAAAUCAGGUAUUUGAAAGUAACAAUCUUAUUGCAUAUAUUCCCUCUCAUCUUACUCAAAAAAAAGGCCUUAUCCGUAAUGUUGAUACAUCUUUCUCAGAGGAAGAAAUUUUGAAAAUUUUGAAGUCGUCAGUUCCAAUUAAGGCAGUGCAGAGGAGAUUUAAAUUUGUUCUCGAUAAGGAUGGCAAUAAAGUAAAAGUUCCUAGACAGCAGAUUAUUGUAACUUUCGAUAAUUUAGUCCUGCCACAAUUUGUUUAUAUGUACCGAUUGAGAUACGAAGUUGAUACUUGGUACUCCCCGGUCACUCAAUGUUAUAAUUGUUUAAAUUUUGGUCACACUGCUUCCCAGUGUAAAAGCAAAAAACGAUGCAAAACCUGUUCUAAAAUAUUAAAUGACGAGGGACUGUGUACUGAUUGUGAGACUUUUUGUGUUCAUUGUAAAGAUAAUUCUCAUAUUUCUACUAGUAAAAAAUGUCCUAAAUAUAACAAUCAGGUUAAAAUUAAGCAGGCGAUGGCAAAUCUUAAUGUAUCCUUUAAAGAAGCCGAAAAAAUUGUAGAUAACCCAUCUUAUGCAAGCCUCGUUUCGAAAAAUAAAUUUGCUCCAUUGUCUUCAAAAACCGAUUUUCCUGAAUUACCACCGAACUAUAGAAAUCAAUCUAAUCCCCCAAAUUCAAAAACGACAUUUGUAGCUCAUCUACAUUCCAGCAAGUCUACUCCCUCUUCCAGUGUAUAUGAAAAUUAUAAAAAACGGAAAGUCAGUGAUAGAAGUCCUUCUUUUGAACCCGUUAGCAGAGAAUUUGAUUGGUCCUAUACAGGUGCACCUUGGAUUGAGUCUCAUCAGAUAAACACUAAAAAUACUUUUGAAGGUCUAAAGGAUAAAAUAAUUGAAGAUUUAACUUGUCAAAUAAAUAAUUCAAUCAGGGGUGUGAAAUCUCCUGAUAAGAAAAUACUGAACGCUGCUAGAUCUAUAAGAAAAAAGUAUUUGGCUUUAAAGCUGGAGAGAAAAGAGGAAGAUGAGGCACUUGAUAGGAUAAUACACCCUAUAACUGAACCUCUAAGAGAGUUUGUUGAGAAAACGGUUGGCAGAAAAGUCCAAGUUAAACAUGAAAAAGUUAAGCUCGAAGCUCCUAAAACGUAUUUUGAAUCUGAACCGAAACUUCCUAGAAAUGUAGAGUUGCAACCAGCAGAGAUUAUUGCUCAAACGAGUGAGAAUUUAAAAAGUGAUGAUGAUGAUGAUGAUGAUGAUGAUGGCGCUGAGGAUGUCUUUUAUGAACCCUUACAACAUUUGAAAGAAGAUCUGCAGAAAUCAAUUCACGAUAGAUCAGGAGCGUAUGAAGAAUUUUUAGAUCAGUAUCCCAAAGUAGCACAAGAGUAUGUAGAUAGAUACUAUAAACAAUCAGAUGAAAUAGACCAUUCUUAUGGCUUGAAACAUGAUAUGAAAACCGAUGAUUGGUCUAUGGGAUCUCAAAAAGUCAACUUUCUCCCGAAUGGAGAUAUUAAAGUCGGGGGUGUAUCUUAUAAAGGAACGCAGGGCUUAUAUGAUCUUUUAUUUCUGAAAAAGCCGAUCUAUCAGACGGAGGAUGAUAAGUUGCAGUUUACGGAUAUUCUAAACAGGACCAAUGUUCAUCGAAGAGAUUUUGAUCCAUCCAAACAGGUUAAAGGGUCCACAUCUUCAAAAUAUAAACAAUUUGUUAAACCUUUGGUCUCAACAUCAUCUGAAGCAAAAAGGCUUAAAUCAAAUCAUACAUCUAGAUACUGUAUCGUUCGACGUCAUAUAGACGUCUACAUGUCCGCCAGAUAA